AUUUCCUGUCACGGUCCGUCACCUCCUGCUUCCCAACCAAGCGGUGCUCGUUGCUAAGGAGCUCACCUGUUGCGUGGAUACCGACUGACACCUGCUAGCACGAGGGCAUUGACUGGAUUAGCGCUAACGGGCUAGCUAACAUAUCGGUCCCACUGGUUUUACAUUAACAGUACUUGAAUUAUUUACGUACCAUGGCGAACGGCCACCGGACAAACGUUAUGGUCUCCUCGUGUUUGAAAACGCCGGUAGACCCGCGCACCAAAGCGCCGUUAGCGUCAUACGAGCGGGAAAGAGCGCUGCCACACACGGCUCCGAGUCAUAUGGACAACCGGGACCAGGAGAAGGAGACAGAGUAUGAGGACUCAGGCUCUGAUUUCUGUGAUGAGGACUGUCUGGUGAUGAACAACUACAGAGCUGCAGGAGGCCAUCUGGACCUGACUGAAAUCUUCUUGUCCAACGAGGAGUACUACAGCAAGCUGGAGGAGCUGAAGAAGGCCCACCUGCACACUAUGGCAGAACUUGAGAACCUCUAUCGGCAAAAGCUGCAGCUCAAGGCUUUGGAGCCUUUAGACAUGACAACUCCUGGGCACAGGCAGCCGUGGUCAAACACCAGCCCAGCAGCCUCACGUGGUCUGAGGAAGUCACGCUCUGCCGUUGAACUCAGGCGGAGCUCUGGACACUCAGACUUAUUAGACGAGGAUGAAGCUGCCUGUGAUGCAGUAGAGAAAGGCCUGCUUUUUUCUCCCAAAGAACAUAUUAAGAACAUGUGGCGAGACUUCAAGAUGUCCCCUCACAAUCGUCACCUGUCGUCUUCUUCGUUACCAGGAGACCAGAAUAGAAAGAGAAAAGGGAAGAAGAGGCAGGGGCUUAAAGAUGGAGAGCAGGAGCAUUGGAAACACAGGGUGACUGUUCCUAAACCCUUCCAGAUGACACUGCGUGAGGCUGGCAGGCAGAAGCUGGGUUCGGAGAUCGAACUGCAAAAUGCAGAGCUGCGACGGCAGCUAGAAGAACUAACAGAGUGCCAGAGGAAGUUCCACGCCAGCCCCGUACCUGCUCACGUUCACCUCCCACUUUAUGACGAGCUGCAGGAGCGAAAUGAGGAGCGGCGGCAAAACAUGCGAGAGCGAGAAAAGCAGCAUCUUCAAAGCAUACAGAAACCUUUCAGCUUCCUGGAGAGGGAGCGGCUGAAGAAGGAGCAGAACCAGCUGCGUCACCCACAGCCAUCCGACCAGGAGAGAAUCAAACCCUUCAAGGCCAAGCCUGUGCCGAAGGCAGUGUACGCAGCAGCAUCAGGGGAGCAGAUGAAGGAGGAGCAGCUGUACCGCUCUAUAAAGAUACAGAUGAGGGCCCAGGAGUUGCUCCACAGUGCCUCAAUGCCUCCCAGCAUGCUCGCACGGCAACUCAGCCAGCGCAAGACCAAAGAUGGCAGUGCUGCAGCGGGAGGGGAUAACAGCUUCACACACAGGCCCCUGAUUAACAAAGAGGUCCCUGACUUCAACGCCAGCUACAGACGCUUCCAAAAACACCUGGAGAAACGAAAAGAGGUGAAGCCCACGACUGCAUGUGAACCCUUUGAACUGAGGACGUCACAGAUUUCCUCGCAUCGUGAACACAUCCUGGCUGACAUCGAACAGGAGCGGCGCAGCCCUUGGAUGCAGCGCUGGCCACACAUCAGCCCCAGGCCAGCUCACACGCCAAACUCCAGCCUCUGUUCGUCCCUCUCAGGCAGCAUGGAACUCCUGCCUGCCAAAGUCACAGAUGCCACCAAAAAGCGCCACGAGGCCGUGAGAAAGGUCCUUGAGCAGAGGAAGAAGGCUGAGGUGGAGGAGGAGCGGUGGAGGGAGAGACAGAAGCAGAGGGAGAAGAAGCUGCAGAGGGUGGUGUCAAAACGUGCCCAUGCCAACGACCCCCACCAGGCUCUGUCACAGACCCACCAGACCAAACUCAAGGAAUUCAGGAAACAAGACCACCAGCGCCAGAAGGAGUACCAGCAGGAGGUCAGAGAGAUGCGGCAAAGAGUGAAGGGGAGGCCGCUGCUGCUGGAGCAGGUUGCACAGGUGGAUCAGAACUCACAGAGGAAUGCCAAACAGGCUGCAGAGAGGCGCUACACAGACGUCCUGCAUGGAUGCAAUCUGACUGAAGAGUUCAUCAGCAGUAAGGCGGCCAAAUCAGGAUCUGCACGCCAAGCCUCCCCAUCUGGUGACAGCAAACGGAGUGACCAGCAGGUGGAAGACAUGGGGUAUGAGCCUGUUCUCUACAGAAAGGUCUUCCUGGAUGACGAAGAUGUGGGCGAUGAGCCCCAUGAUUCUGAUGAAAGUUACCACUACUCAGGCGAUCAUGAGGGUUAUUCAGAUGACAGCGAGCACGAUGCUGACACCAGGCAGCAGGAGGCCAGCGACUGAUGUCAUCAGACUUCAUGAUCUCACAACCCUUCAUCAAAAACCGAACAUGUCAAGUGAGGAGGAGCACUGAAGCAGAAGCUUGUUUGUCCUGGAGGUUUAUGUUAUUGUAACAGCACACAGGCACAAUCCACUGUCUGCAUUCUGUCUGGUUUGAGUCUGCAGUGCUUUAUUUUGCGGUGAGAGCAACAACAUAGGAAGACCUUACUCAGAUUGAGUAUGUAGUACAGAUCUGUCACCUUGACUGGACUUUGUUACUAAAGCUAUCUUUACUUUUAUUAUUUACAUCUUUGGUUAUCCAGUGGCCAGUUUGUUGUCUUACAGUGUUAUUACAACAUACUACUAUUAUUAUUACAACAGUACCACAAACAACAAUAAAUUAAAUAA